AUGAAAUUCCUUACUACCAAUUUUCUAAAGUGUUCUGUUCAAUCGUGUGAUACUAGUAACGAUAACUUCCCAUUGGCUUACGAUGGUUCCAAAUGUCAACUGGAACAAGAUGAAAGUAUCGAAUUCAAUCCAGAAUUCCUAGUGAAUGUGCUGGACCGUGUAGAAUGGCCAGCUGUACUACAGGUUGCCUCAGAUCUAGGAAAUACGUCACUACCUCCAAAUAAACCUGUCUUUGAAGAUAAUAACGCAUUGACCGAGGAUGACAUGGCUAUCCUAAGAGACCUACAUACAUUAUUGAUCCAGACAUCAAUAGUAGAAGGUGAAAUGAAGUGUAAGAAUUGCGGACACACUUAUUAUAUUAAAAAUAGCAUCCCAAAUCUGUUGCUACCACCACAUUUGGUAUAA